AUGCUGCCAAACAGAGCCGAUAACGAGAAGGAAGGAGGAUUCGACAACGGUAUGACCGUAUCGACCACCAUGGAUACUAUAUUUCAGGAUUCCGGAAACGUGCCGGAUGUUUCUCCAUCAUCAGUAGCGGUAGCGUCUUCUUCAGAGGACCAAAAUUCACCAUCUUUGAUGUUACCGAUCCCUAAGAAGUCUAGAACAAUAAAGACUGAUAAGCCAAGGCCAUUUUUAUGUUCGAUAUGUACAAGAGGGUUUGUCAGACAAGAACAUCUGAAAAGGCAUCAGAGGUCGCAUACAAAUGAAAAACCGUUUCUAUGUGUUUUCUGCGGUAGAUGUUUUGCAAGAAGAGAUUUAGUUCUACGACAUCAACACAAGUUACAUGCAGCUCUAGUUUCAAAGACCUUAGAAGAAGAUGUUAUGAUGGAUUUUUCGGAGGCCGGAGAUAAUAAUAGUACGAACAUUAACGGCAAUAAUGAGCCUAUGGAUAAGAACAUCAUUAAGGUUACUGGCAAUAAAGAAUCAAUUUUACCCACACCGAGCAAUCCAAUGGCGAAGACAACCGCCCAGUUAAAGAAAGCUGCUAAGCAAGCAGCUAUGAACACAUCAGCAUCAGCAUCAUCAACAUCAUCGUCAUCAUCAUCAACCACAAAGGAAGCAACAAGAGAACAAGCACCACCAAAGAGGCGUAAACGCCAUGCGUCAUUUUCAGCUUCGAGUGCAUUUUCUUACGUUAACGACUCAUCUUCAUCACAAGUAGCCAAUAGGGAGAUGGAACCCCAGGAGGGACCCCAUCAAGUUGGAUUUUCUACACCUCAACUAACGGCUCAACAAUUAAUGGAAAAAGCUGUGGAAUCAGGAGUUGUUGACGUAGGGUUAUUGGGGUUACCGCCUGAUUUUAAUCUAGAUGAUGAUUCACACACUUCACCAUUGACCAAUUUCCUCACAUUGGGAUCUGGCGGUGGUACUGGUGGGUUCGCACGUUUGGAUACAGGUAGUGAUUCAAACUUAAUGCCAUUUCAACCACAAGAUCUUUUACACAAUCCUCAAGAACACCAAGAACUGCAAGACCAAGAGCACCAGGAACACCAAGAACCACAGCAACACCAACAGCAACAUGAAUUCUUUCAAGAUAGUCAGCAAUGGUUACCCGAUUUCAUUUCAAGUGCUCAAUUAGAACCCAAUUUCAAAGUUAAUUUGGAACAUAUAAACGAUGUUGGAUUCGCAGAUGCUCCAUCAACCGCAAGCGUGACACCACAUUCUAAUCUUUAUAAUCUAUCGAUACAACCUCAAAACUUACCUGAAAGCGUUAUAGCCUCACAGAGUCCUAAUUUAAGUCCCAGGAGUAAUCAGAGUCCUGCAAGUAAUAACACUCAUAACAGUAUGUCAUUAGGACCUUCAGUUUCAGCACUUUUCAAAUGGAGACAAAAGGAUUUAUUCGAUGAAUCUUAUUCAUUAUUUUCAUCUCCAAAGAAACCAACAUCGUCGUCUCCAUCGCCAGAGAUUAGAGAUACCUUAUCUCAAUAUAAGAAAUUUUCCAGAUUGUCUUCAUUUACUGAGGAAUAUCGUUCUAAAAUCAUCGCUGAUAAUAAUUUAACUUCAAACCUUUUCCCCACGGUUGAUGAACUGAACUCUUAUUUGAAUCUGUACCAAUAUGAGUUCCAUCGUUAUUUCCCCUUUGUUCACUUGCAUUCUUUGGUGCCCACAAUGGAUAACUACCCAUUAUUACUAUCGGUUAGUAUGAUUGGUGCAUUAUAUGCGUUCCAUUCUUCUCAUGGUAUGUUGCUUUCAAACAUAUCAUGGAGAUGUGUAAAGACUUAUUUGGAAAAUACAAGAAGUAAUUACGAAUCGACACCACUGUGGUUAAUUCAAUCUAUGGUUUUACUGACAUUUUUGGGAAUUUUCAGUAAUGACUCAAGUGUUACUAAAAGUAUGAAAUCACGUAUAAUGACGAUGAUCAAUUUGGUUAAAAUUACUAAAUUGAAUUUACCGCUAGAAAAUUUUGAAAACCCUCCAAUUGAAAGUGACCACGUCUAUGAUUAUCAGGAUAAUCCAGAAAUUUUAUCACAGAUUAGAGCUCAAUACAGCAAUCCGGAACAAAAUCGUAAGAAUUAUGAAUAUUUUAUCAAAGCGCAGGCGCGUAUAAGAACAUGUCAUACCAUUCUUUUAAUCUCUAAUCUGUUUACCUCUUUGGUGGGUCUCGAUUGUAGUUUACACUCGAUCAAUUUGAAAUGUGGGGUACCCUGUUAUUACGACAAUUUGUACCUUUGUGAAAAUGUGACUGAUUGGUCUGAACAUUUGAAAAAAUAUCGAUUAGUAUUAGAUUCUAAAUUUUCCCUCAUCCAUUUGGCCAACGGUUGCGAAGAUUAUGGACAUUGUUUAAUGUACAUUUCCACGGGCAGUCAAUAUUAUUUUGAAAACUCCAAGGUUUCUUUCAAAACUUUACUAUCAAUGUUGAUUUCCAUUCAUGAAAAGAUUUAUAUGGAAAGAUCACAAUUGAGUGAUGAAGAUGAUCUGCAAAUGAUUGAAGUGAAAUGGAGAAUGAGUUCAAGGCCAGUUAUCGAAUCCAUGUUAAAAUAUUGGGAAGCGCUUUACAUCAAAAAUGGCGGCAUACUAACAAGAAAUAGAGAUAAUAUUCCAACCAUUAACGAAAGUCCUUCAAUGAGACUAAUCAUUCCCCUACAUUUAUUUGCCAACAUUCGGAAAUGUAUUAAUAUUUGUCCCGUUAUGAAUAAGGCGUGGAUCAAAGAUUGGAAAGGUAUGAAUGAAGUAGUGGACAGUUUAUGUUACGAUAUGGAGUCUCUUAGAGAAGCUACAAACUACGCCUUGGACAUUGUAGAUUUUUGGGCAGAUACAGUAUCUGUGAUGAAAAAUGCUGAAAGAACAGCUUUGCGUACACCUAUUUUCUCCAUUACAUGUAUGUUUUCCUCGAUUUUGAUAGUAUCAGAGUACAUGAAGCGUGUGGAAGCAUGGGCUCAAGAGUUUGAUCUAUCAAAUCUUCAUUCGCCAAUAAUAAAUGCCUCUGAUAGACUCUUAUGGUUGAAGUCCGAGAAGAUCCUUAAGAAGAUUGAACAACAUUUAUUACCCACCGGUUACAAUUUACAAUCCUAUUCAGAAUUUCUCCGGGUGCAAGCCAAAGGUGCAUUAGAUGUGGAAGUAUUAGAUAACGAAUUGGCUCAGAGAGCAGUACGACCAGAUACUCCAAUGGCCGAAACAGCUGCAGUAAUUACAAGAGCAAGAUUGUCGACCCGUUCUCUCUAUUUAGGAGUUAGAAUCUUGGGAGAUGCCCCCAUUUGGCCCAUCGCACUACUAUUUGCACACGUUUUACAAGCUAGAGCCAUCUACAACGAGGACAGGAAAACCUAA